GGCGGCGGCGGCGCUCGGCUGGGGGAAGCCAGCGGCAGAGGCUGAGCCCCGGCGGCAGCGCGCGCCCCGGCUGCCAGCCCAUUUCCCGGACGCCACCCGCGGGCACUGCCGACGCCCCCGGGGCUGCGGAGGGGCGGCCGGGGGGCGCAGGGGAGCGCGGCCCCGCGCACUGAGUCUCGCGGCGCCCCAGGAACUUGGCGGCGCCCCGAGCCCGGCGAGCCGGGGCGCGCCUUCCCCGCCGCGCGCCUCCUGCAUGCGGGGCCCGAGCGCCGGGCGCCGGCCGGAGCCCCCCCCGGCCGCCCCCGUGCCCCCCGCGCCCCGGGCCGCGCCGCCGCGCCGUCCAUGCACCGCUUGAUGGGGGUCAACAGCACCGCCACCGCCGCCGCCGGGCAGCCCAAUGUCUCCUGCACGUGCAACUGCAAACGCUCUUUGUUCCAGAGCAUGGAGAUCACGGAGCUGGAGUUCGUGGAGAUCACCAUCAUCGUGGUGGUGGUGAUGGUGAUGGUGGUGGUGAUCACGUGCCUGCUGAGCCACUACAAGCUGUCAGCGCGCUCCUUCAUGGGCCGGCACAGCCAGGGCAGGAGGAGAGAAGACGCCCUGUCCUCGGAAGGAUGCCUCUGGCCCUCGGAGAGCACCGUGUCAGGCAACGGAAUCUCAGAGCCGCAGGUCUACACCCCGCCUCGGCCCUCCGACCGCCUGGCCGUGCCCCCCUUUGCCCAGCGGGGCCGUUUCCACCGCUUCCAGCCCACCUACCCGUACCUGCAGCACGAGAUCGACCUGCCGCCCACCAUCUCCCUGUCGGACGGGGAGGAGCCCCCGCCCUACCAGGGCCCCUGCACGCUCCAGCUGCGGGACCCCGAGCAGCAGCUGGAGCUGAACCGCGAGUCGGUGCGCGCGCCCCCGAACAGAACCAUCUUCGACAGCGACCUGAUGGACAGCGCCGUGUUGGGCGGCCCCUGUCCCCCCAGCAGUAACUCGGGCAUCAGCGCCACGUGCUACGGGGGCGGCGGGCGCAUGGAGGGGCCGCCCCCCACCUACAGCGAGGUCAUCGGGCACUACCCCGGGUCCGCCUCCUUCCAGCAUCAGCAGAGCAGCGGGCCGCCCUCCCUGCUGGAGGGGACCCGGCUCCACCACGCGCACCUCGCCCCGCUGGAGAGCACAGCCGCCUGGAGCAAAGAGAAGGAUAAACAGAAAGGACACCCUCUCUAGGAAUCCGGGCCGGGCGGCAGUGGGGAAAGCGACACUCGGCACUUAAAGAGACAAGAGAGGAGAGCAGGCGGCCGUACCAUCCUCUCCCCACCUCUCUGUGUAUAAAUAUCUACGUGUUCUGUCUGGUCUGAAUGCACAAGCUAAGGAAGCUUGCAAAAAACCACGUUUCUUUGUUGAGCUGUGUCUUGAAGGCAAAAGAGGAAAAAAAAAGAUCCUACACUAGUCUUUUCUGUUUCUAGUUGA